UCCAGCCCGAGAUCCAUCUCAUCACUCAAUCAUUAUGUAUUCGAACCUGUUGCGGGGCGCAAGGACCAGUCUGGAAUUCCACAAUUUCCGCUGGAUAAAGGCCCGCAACACUCACCGACUUACCGCACGCAGUGCCUCUCCUGCCUCUAUCUCUGUCUCUCGCAACCAUGUCGAUGCCCAUCCUCGAGUCGUCGACUACAGCCGCUGCGGCCCGCAGAGUCUCCACAGGUUCGACAAACAGCGCAGCCGACAAGCGUGCGGACAUUCUCCGGGCUCUGAAGGCUGAAAGCUCGAUUUUCAAGAAUUCGCCGUAUGGCCACGACUCCGCCCUAGAGACCGAGGCAGCUGCAUCGGCUUCGUCACUCGAUCUCUCUGCCGUUGUUCCGCCCAGUCAAGUUGAACGGAUCCGUAGGCGUUCUGAGCUUCCCCGCGUCCGGACUCCCCAGUUGGGCGAGGCGAUCGAGCUGCCCGUCCUCUCUCCCAUCGACGAGCGCAACAACGCUCAGUCUAGCGCGGUCGCUAGCGGCCCAAGCCAGCUUUCCUUCAGCAAGACAACAGACGUCGAGAUUGCGCCUACGCCGUACGCCCCCUCGCUCGAUUACACGGCGGAGACCACUCCAGCGGUCACGCCUGCCCAGCGCGCUGCGUUCCGGCGGAACGCCAGGAUCCAGUUCUUUGCGCUCUGCUAUUCGUUCUUCUUGGAGGGCUGGAACGAUGGAUCGACCGGUCCACUUUUGCCGAGGAUAGAGCGCACCUACCACAUCGGCUUUGCGAUCGUGUCUAUGCUGUUCGUGACGAACUGUGUGGGCUUCUUGAGCGGUGCGGUGAUGAAUGUGUGGUUAAACCAAAAGCUCGGGCUGGGCAAGGUUCUAGUACUCGGCGCCGUCUUUCAGCUCAUAGGAUACACCAUGAUGGCACCCGGCGGGCCCUUCUGGGUCAUGUGUAUCGCCUUCGUGUUCGCGGGCUAUGGCAUCUCGCUGCAAAACGCCCAGGCGAACGGCUACGUGGGGAACCUCAAGGAUGGCGCGCAUAACAUGUUUGGGUUCCUGCAUGCCUCUUACGGUUUCGGAGCACUGGUGUCGCCUCUCGUGGCGACGCAGUUCUCGUCUGCUGACCACUGGUCGUUCCACUACCUUAUAUCCGCCGGUAUCGCCGUUAGCAACCUCCUCUUACUGGGAUUCGUAUUCCGGCUCAAGGACCUAGAUCAAAUCAUGGCGGAAGCGGGCGAGGCUGUCGGAGAGCCCGGAGUAAACGAAAACCUGUAUCACCAGAUCAUGCGGCUGAAGGAGGUACACUACCUGGCCAUGUUCUCGCUGAUCUAUGUCGGCGUAGAAGUCUCCAUCGGAGGUUGGAUUGUCACCUUCAUUGAGGAUGAACGUGGUGGAGGCGCCAGUGCUGGAUACAUUUCUUCGGGCUUCUUCGGCGGGCUUAUGCUUGGACGUAUACUGCUUAUGCAGCUCAAUCGCAAGCUCGGCGAACGUUGGGUCAUAGUUUACUACUCCGUCGUCGUCAUCAUUCUAGAAGUGACCAUCUGGGUGGUCCCCUCACUCAUCGAGAACGCCAUCGCCGUGUCCGUAGUCGGGCUCCUCAUGGGCCCCAUCUACCCCGUCCUGAUGAACCAGUCCACCGGCAUCCUGCCCAAGUGGCUGCUCACCGGUUGCCUGGGAUACAUCGGUGGCAUCGGCCAGGCUGGCAGCGCCGUCCUACCGUUCAUCACGGGUCUGAUCUCGAGCAAGUUCGGUAUUGCGAGCUUGCAGCCUUUCAUCGUGUCUAUGAUGUCCACGAUGAUCAUCAUUUGGGCACUGGUGCCCAAGGCAAGACGCAUCGAGUAGACCUUUCCGCGGCAUACGCACCGCCUAAAAACAAAAACGUAUCUCCGUUCCCUCUUGUACAUCUCCUC